AUGACGGAUAUGGGUCGAUUACAUUACUUCCUCGGCAUGGAGGUCACAUAUGAAAAUGGAAAUAUCACUCUAUCACAAAAGAAGUACAUGAAAAAUCUUUUAGAGAAGUACAGGAUGACACAUUGCAACACGGUAUCAACUCCAAUGGAAUAUGGAUUAAGAUUAUCCAAAGAUGACCCAGAAGAGUUUGUAGAUGAAGGGAUAUAUCGUAGCCUAGUCGGAAGCUUAAUGUAUUUGACGAACACUAGACCAGACAUUAUGUUUGCAGUCAGCAAAAUAAGUAGGUUCAUGGAAUGUCCAAAGAAAAGCCACUGGGAAGCAGCAAAACAUAUACUAAAAUAUAUCAAAGGGACCCAAGAAUAA